AUGGGUCAGUCUGACUAUCAGGCACUACCAGUAGACUCGCAGUCUUCGCCCACCCCACCCGGCUUGCCCGGUCAUGACAACAACAACCAGUUGGUCCACCAUGGACACAGUCAUGACGACGAUCGGUCGGCCCACUACAGACACAACGCGAUAAGAAAUGGCGUCGCCGAUGACAUCGUGCCUAACCGGAACUAUGGCAGCUCUGCUCGUAACACGGGCAAUAAGAAUAAGAUCGGUCAAGUUGGGAGAGGACAUCUCGGUACAAACGAAGGCGACGAGAACAAUAUUACUCAGCUUUCGGACCGGCUUUCGAACCAGCACUCGAACCAAUUCCCCACCCUCGUCAUGAUUUUGGUUGCACUAGGACUCGCACUAGGACUCGCACUCUCGUUCUCGCGGUUGUGGUCGUAG